GUCAUACAAAAGGAAUCAGUCAGCCAGCCAAUCUCUCUCCUUCCUAAAACCCCCAUAAUUUCUUCCAUCUUAAAAAACCCUAAUUAACACUAGUGGGAGAGACGGAACUAAUUUAAUAUUCAUAGCGCUCAGGAUUCGAUGGCUGUGAUGAAAAGUUAAGAUUCAAUCCUGACUCUAUUUGUCUUCUUCAUCUUCUCCAAAGGUUUUAACUCCAGAAUCAGUGAAGCACAGAGAGCAGUCAGAGUAGAGAUAAUAGAAAAGAAAGAUGUGUGGAAUCCUUGCGGUUUUCGGUUGUGUUGAUAACUCUCAGGCUAAACGUUCCAGAAUCAUCGAACUCUCCAGAAGGUUAAGACAUAGAGGUCCAGAUUGGAGUGGAUUACAUUGUCAUCAAGAUUGUUAUCUUGCUCAUCAACGUUUGGCUAUUGUAGAUCCUGCUUCUGGUGAUCAACCUCUUUACAAUGAAGACAAAUCUAUCAUCGUUACGGUUAACGGGGAGAUUUAUAACCAUGAAGAAUUGAGGGCAAAGUUGAAGAAUCAUAAAUUCAGAACUGGAAGUGAUUGCGAAGUUAUUGCUCAUCUUUAUGAAGAAUAUGGAGAGAAUUUCGUGGAUAUGUUGGAUGGCAUGUUCUCUUUUGUCCUUCUUGACACCCGCGACAAAAGUUUCAUUGCUGCUAGAGAUGCUAUUGGGAUUACACCAUUAUACAUGGGUUGGGGUCUUGAUGGAUCAAUUUGGUUUGCUUCUGAAAUGAAAGCUUUGAGUGAUGACUGUGAGCGUUUCACGUCCUUUCUUCCUGGGCAUAUAUAUUCUAGCAAAACUGGAGAGCUUAGGCGGUGGUACAACCCACCUUGGUUUGCAGAAAACACACCAUCAACUCCUUAUGAUCCUUUGGUUUUACGGGAGGUCUUUGAGAAGGCUGUGAAAAAAAGGCUGAUGACAGAUGUUCCAUUUGGUGUUCUUUUAUCUGGAGGACUUGAUUCAUCACUUGUGGCAUCUGUAGCUUCUCGCUACUUGGCAGAAUCAGAAGUUGCUAAGCAGUGGGGAUCACAGCUGCAUACGUUCUGCAUCGGAUUAAAGGGUUCUCCAGAUCUCAAAGCUGGCAGAGAAGUUGCAGAUUAUCUUGGUACCCAUCAUAAUGAAUUUACCUUCACAGUCCAGGAAGGGUUAGAUGCACUUGAGGAGGUCAUUUACCAUGUUGAAACAUAUGAUGUGACCACUAUCAGAGCCAGCACACCAAUGUUUCUAAUGUCCAGGAAGAUUAAGUCCUUGGGUGUAAAGAUGGUUCUUUCAGGGGAAGGUUCGGAUGAAAUUCUUGGUGGUUAUUUAUAUUUCCACAAGGCUCCAAACAAGGAUGAGUUCCAUCAAGAAACAUGUCGGAAGAUUAAAGCUUUGCAUCUGUAUGAUUGUCUGAGGGCUAACAAGUCAACAUCAGCUUGGGGUCUAGAAGCUCGUGUACCCUUCUUGGAUAAACAGUUCAUUAACAUUGCAAUGGACAUUGAUCCAGAGUGGAAAAUGAUACGACCAGAUCUUGGUAGAAUCGAGAAGUGGGUCCUUCGUAAUGCAUUUGAUGAUGAACAGAAGCCAUACCUGCCAAAGCACAUAUUGUACAGGCAAAAGGAGCAGUUCAGUGAUGGAGUAGGAUACAGCUGGAUUGAUGGACUGAAAGAUCAUGCAAAUGCACAUGUUACCGAUGCAAUGUUGGCUCAAGCAGGCUAUGUUUAUCCUGAAAAUACUCCUCCCACGAAAGAAGCGUACUACUACAGGACUAUCUUUGAAAAGUUCUUCCCCAAGAAUGCUGCUAGGUCAACCGUCCCAGGAGGACCAAGUGUGGCAUGCAGUACAGCUAAAGCAAUGGAGUGGGAUGCAGAAUGGUCGAAGAACCCUGAUCCAUCUGGCCGUGCAGCUCUUGGUGUUCAUGCUGCCGCUUACGAAGAAGUGAAACCAUCUGCACUCCCGAAGAGUGCUACUCCACUGAGUGAUCUUCCACAUAAAGUUCAGGCUGGCACUAUCGAGUCAGUGGCAACUGUUGUCUGACAGAAUGUACCUGUGCAUGCAUCAGACUCAAAACUACUAGAUUUAGAUUGUCAUUUGGAUUGUUUCUUUAGAAAAUGAUAGUAAAAUUUGAUUAUCUGCUUUUGUUUAGAUUUAAACAGUUUUUUCUUUAUCUUUCGUUAAGAUUAUGCUGUCUCUGUACAUUUUCUCUAGUGCCCAAUAGAACCACCGUUUGUUUUCUUACA